ACCUUUCAACUUCUAACUUACGCAAUACGAGAGAACCUCUCAACAUUUCCCAGGAAAGUCACAAUACCAGAAGCUACUUUUUGCAAGAAAGAAUCUUAACCAUUUUAGUCUUUACGCCUAACGGUUCCAUUUAUAGCUACAAUCAAAUCUAUGGCUUGUAGCCCACCAUCUUCACAGACAUCUCAAUAUGGCUUUUUCAGAUAAUAGGGUUUUCUUUUCCAGAUCAACGUUUCAAGUACUGAUGGUGUUAGCCGCUUUAAAAAAGGCUGGGUAAAUACACCGAUCUGGCCAGUAAAUCGUUUCUAUUUUGGUUUAGUUGUUCUUGUCGCUUUUCUGCAACAGAUGAAUAAAAUCUAUUAGUUUUUAUAUGUUUAAUUCAUAGAUAUGUCUAGUUUGUGGGAGUCCCACGAGUGCAUUUCCGCCCGCACUUGCAGCCUCCCCCUACUCGCACUCGGUCAUCAAAUCGUUGGGAGAGCACGUCUCUCUAGAUCAAGGGCCCGGCCCAAGGAUGUCGGGAUAUGUGUUUGUUGGAAUGUAGAAACAGUCGAGAUUUCUGUCUGUUCGAGAAGUCGAGUGGAUCUCAUGCAGAUGACGACUAUGUGAUCCGCCUUCAACGAGAUACACAUUGCCUUCAACGCAGAAAACCGAAACCGAAACUUAAACACUUACUGGAACUAACACUCCGAUAAGACGCUAUUCGUCUCAAACCGUCCCGCAGAGCUCAAGAUGGUAUCGGAUCAAUAUCCGUGCAAAAUUAUUUGUGUAUUGUGCGAGAAGUCAGACGAAGACGAAAUCACCGGACCUCUCUCAUCCAAAGAGAAAAUCUCUGCACACCAGAACUGUUUAUUGUUUGCAUCAGGGAUCUACUGUAAGAACUCGCCGACCUAUGACGACCUGUUUGGAUUUGCAGUAGAAGAUGUAAUAGAAGAGAGGAGGAGAGGAAAAAAACUAACUUGCCACCACUGCAAGAAACGGGGAGCUACUGCAGGAUGUGAUCUAAAGCGUUGUAAGCACUCGUACCAUUAUCCCUGCGCCAUUGAGGCCCGUGCCAGAGCCAUUGAAAACUAUGAUGAAGGCACAUAUAAACUGUACUGUGAAACACAUGAUCCAGACCUCAAAGAAACAAGUUUAGUAAGUUUGCAAGGGGCCUCAACGUCUGGUCUCUCAGGCUCUAAGAGACGAAGAUCGGCAGACAGUCAUGGACCAAGGCCUGACAGGGGUGAAUCUAAUUCAUCUACAGGGUCAGAAGCGAGUUUGUCCCGAAAGAAAAAUAAGGAAGACGUUGAUCCCGUGUUUGCUCCAGUAGAGUCAGACGAAGAAGAGUGUACACCUCCAAAACAACACAAUCAGUCAACCCCUGACCCUAAAUGUGAAGGGCCACGUAAAGAACUGAGUCCAUCAGUUACAGGUUCAUUAAAUAGGGCCUUAACGUCUGAUCAGAAGGCUAGUGGAUCAGCAAACAAUCUAGGAGAUUUACAUGGCUCGAGCGUAUCUUAUUCACAAACAUGGUUACCAGAAGUGGAAACACCCAGAAGGAAAAAGAUAAAAUUCCUUCAAUAUUUAGAUGAUGAUGAAAGUCCCAACGACACUGACCCUGUAGCAGUUCCUGUAGUGAUCGAUCUGGAGAAGCCCAAUCAGUCCCCUCCUGUGCCUGAAAAACCUCCAAAGAAUCACUUUGUCUGCAGGCCCUGUGAAAAACUCAACCCAUCAACCACAGGAGCGGAUGACAGUGACACUGACAUUGACUCGGAAGAUUCUCAGAGUUUGUUACCAUCAAAAAUGAAUCACACCACUGUUCCAUUUACCAUUAUUAUAGACUCGGGACCCUCAGCAGAAUCAGAGUACAGUCUAGAACUUGGUUCACCUGCCCCAGAGGCUGUUUGCUCCUCACCUGGGUUUGUCGCAGCCCCUGAACAUGAGGAAACACCAUCCACAAUUAGAACCUCUCAGGUGCCCAAAGCUCCAACUGACACAGUUUCACCAGGUAUUGCUACGCCAGAACAGCACCAUGACAGCAAAGGUCAGCCAGGGUCAUCUCGGCAUUCAAGGCCAGACUUCAACAUUGAGGAUCUACCAGAACCUUCUCCGGCUGGGGUGUCUACAUUACUAGAUCGAGCCACUACGUCAGAUGCUUGUGAUGUAAACGGCACAAGAAGCACUCAGUCCAAUGCGGUCAUAUUCUGGACUAGAUGCAAUCAGGCCGGGUGGACUGAAAAAAUCUUCUCAGAGCUUGUCUCUCAGCUGGAAAGCUUAGGAGAAAGAGUACAUUCACAGGAAGCCAGCCACCAGGACUAUGAUGUUGCUCUCAAACUACUGGAGGUAUCUGGACGUCUACCUUGCAUUAUUACUCAGCUGGAACAAGACUUGGAGGAGCAGGAACGGGAUUUGCAGAGGAAAAAAGCAGCACUGAGGGAUGCCAGAGCUGCACUGGGUUUAAUAUAAUAAUAUAAUCUACUCUAUAGUAGUAUUAAUAUCUUUUUCAGUUGUUGUUUUUUAGGCCUACUUUUAUAUGAUAUGAUAUAAUACAACAAAGCUGCUCCAAGCAGUCAGUCCUUUUAUACCUUUUUUAAGUGAUGUCACUGUUCAUACAGUAUGUGUACAAAAAUCUAAUCUUUGGUUUAGUUGGUUUUUAAAUGUUUACAUCGAUGGAAUAAAUCUCAUGAAACAUACCUGAUAUAU